UUGGAAGGUUUUUGUAUUGAUCUUGUGUGCUAAUCAUGCUCUUGUCAAAAUACUAACGUAUUAUUUUUCUGUCAAGGGUUGAGGGAUAUUUCUUAUCAUGGCUAGAGCCUGGCGACAAAGCAAAAAUCGGAUUUUGUGGUUUACUCCAAGUCCAAAAAUGCAGAAAUAUUACCGAUGGCGAAUGAGAUUUCAAGCCAAACCGUAGUUGGUUUAACUCAAAAAUCGUUUUACUUGAUUGUGUUGAUCAUGAGUGAUCCAACUAAAUCUGCCACACGGAAAGCAAUCAGAGAAACAUGGCUUUCAGUUAGCCACCAAAAAGUGAAACAUUUGUUUGUUAUUGGUUCCAAAGGAUUGGCUGAAAAUGUUUUGAAUGAUGUGCUUAAAGAAAAUACUACUCAUCAUGACAUGCUAAUUCUUGAUUCUGUAAGUGAAUCAUAUUCCAGCUUAACCGUAAAAGUCUUGGCUGGAUUCCAGUGGCUACACUUGAAUUAUCAGUUCAAUUUUUUACUCAAAUGUGAUGAUGAUUCAUUUGUAAGAACAGUUCCACUUCUAGAAGAACUACAGAAAAAACCACAAAGUCAUCUCUACUGGGGAUUCUUCAAGGGUGGAAGCAGUGUUUUUCAAAAAGGAAAGUGGAAAGAAUCUGAAUGGUUUCUCUGUGACACUUAUCUACCCUAUGCUUUGGGUGGUGGCUACAUUCUGUCAUCUGACUUGGUAGAAUUUAUAGCAAAAAGUGGACCCUUACUUCAACAGUACAAGAGUGAAGAUGUUUCGGUUGGUGUGUGGCUUUCACCAUUGAAAAUUCGCCGAGUUCAUGACGUCCGAUUUGAUACCGAGUUUAAGUCUCGAGGAUGUUACAACGAUUAUCUCAUCACACACAAACAAAGUGCCAACGAAAUGCGAGAAAAACACGACAAUCUCAUAAAAACAGGAAAAUUGUGCCCUUCAGAAUUACGCGUACGAUAUUCCUACAACUACAACUGGACCGUACUUCCAUCUAAAUGUUGUAAAAAUUUCGAUCCAGAUCUACCCUAGUCAUUAAUAAAAUUUACAUGUCGUUCUUGUAAUCAACCACUGC